AUGCUGGCUGAAAUCGCCCUGGGCCUGGAUGCUUCUCUGGGUCUCUCCCUGUGGGGGAAGCCCCGGCGCCAGGGGGGGAUGCAUGCUGGUGCUGGUGGGUCUGAUGCGGUUGAGAGCGCUGCAGUGGUUGGCACGGCUCUUGGUGGUGAUGUUGAUGGUGGGAUGGUGGAGAAAAGAGUGAAGGAGGGGGAGGAGAAGGAGGAGGAAGACAGGAAAGAAAAGGAGGAGGAGGAGAGGAAAAAGGAGGAAGAGAAGGAAGAGGACAGGAAAGUGGAUGAGGAGGGUGUUGAUAUCGAUACUAUCAUUGACCAGAUGGUCGAUGCUGACAUGGCCAAACGGCGCGCUGCCAUUGGCCCUCAUCCUCCCAACUCACCCCAACUCGAGGCUCCCCAUACCUGGGACAACCACAAGAAACCAGAGCUUCUUCUGGUCCCAGACAAUGCACCCAUGUCCAGCUCUUUUGGUGCCGAAUCCAACCACCCCACUCUCCUUCUACCCCAGUCUAUGGGUGACGUGCUACAGGUGUUCCAGUUUCACCGGGAGUUCAACCGCUUUGCCAGGAUCUCCCCUGUCCCAUUACGUAAGCUCGCACGCGCGCUUGCACAAGCGGACGAAGAGCCCGGGUGGCUGGUUUUGUCCGACCUGCACGUUGGGCUGUUCCGGGCGCUGCUGAAUCUGGGCGGCGGGGAGGUGCCGGGCGGGCACGAGGGGAUUGGCGUGAGUCAGAGGGUUUUGGACCGGUGGAAGAGGCUUCUGAAUGCUGCCACGUGGCAGGAGGUCAUUCGCAGGUACCUGAUCAGGGCGAGCCCCAUGCCUCCUCUGCUCUCCGCCAUGGCCCGCUCUCUUUCUUGCUGGCCCUCGCUCGCCUUGCCCCCUGGGCUGCACCUCUCCGUGCUCUCCCUGCUGCUCUCCGACGUGCUUGACUCUGAGGAGACGCGUGAGAUGCUCGCAGAGAACAUGGAUGCUGCGAUUGAGCUGGGGAAGAAGCGGAGCGUUGAGGUGCUGGAGGAGCGGAGGGUGCGGAAUGAGGAGGUGCGGAAGCAGCAGGAGGAGCAGCGGGUGGAGCGGGAGAAGAGGGAGAAGGAGGAGAAGGAGAAACGGGAGAAGGAGAAGAAGGAAGGGGGAAAGGAGGAAGGUGGCAAAGGGAAGGGGAAGAAGAAAGAGAAAGAGAAGGGGAAGGAGGAGGAGCAGGAGAAGGAGAAGGGGAGCGAGAAGGGGAGCGAGAAAGGGAGUGAGAAGGGGGAGUGUGAUACAGACGAGGAGGUGGAGUUUCUGUUUGCAGUGCCAGAGGAAGUGAGGGAGUACAGGGGCGACCCCAUGGACAGGCGGGCAGUAUUGGCGCAUAAAGAGAAGCUGAGGCAGGAGGAGGAGCGCAUGGGCAGGCUGAAGAGCGAGUACAUUCGGCGCAAGGAGGCAGAGAAGCGAGCUGCAGAGAGGGCACGGACCGAGAUGGAGAGAAAGCGCAUGGCACAGGAGCGAAAGCGGGAGGAGGAGUGGAAGAAGCGAGAGGAGGCGUAUGAAAAGGAGAUGGCUCGGCUGGUGGUGCGAACAGUGCCCCUGGGGUUGGAUAGGCACUACAACCGGUACUGGUUGCUCAGUGGUGAGCCUAAGGUGGUGUGGGUGGAGGAGAGAGGAGGGAUGGUGGGAGAAGGGGAGGUGUGGCGAGGAGGAGGGAGCGGAGGAGGAGAAGGCGAGGGGGGAAGUGAGAGAGGAAGGGUGGGAGGUGAGGUGGGGACUGGGUGGUCUGGUUCUCGCUGGUUCUGCUACACUUACCGCGAGGAUAUAGAGGAGCUUAUAGCGAGUCUGAAUGUAAAGGGGAUAAGGGAGGCGGCACUGAAAGCAGCGCUUGAGAAGGUGAAGGGGAGGCUUAUAGCGGGGAUGAAGAAAAGGGGGUCUGGUGUGGGGGGGAGGGAGAAGGGGAAGGGUGGAGGAGGGGGAGGAGGGGAAGGGGAGGGCGGGAAAGGGGAGGAGAAGGAGGAGGAGGUAGAGGUGGAGGAGGAGAAGGAUAUUCCUACUACUGCUGCUGCUGGUGCUGCUGCUGGUGCUGGUGCUGCUGCUGGCACUAGGAGCAAGGCAGCCACAGCUACAGCUGCGACACCUGCUCCCAGUUGGGGUGUUUGGGCCGCUCUAGUCUGCAAAGCGGCUGCCGUUGCCCCACCUAAAUCGGAUCAGAUCAAGUUAGGGGGCCUUCACAGCUCCUCUGGUUUAGCUGUCUUGAUGGGCGGUAAAAAUCGUCUUGACUCUCGUGCUCCUGCUGCUGCUUCGGAUACUGCAACAGCUGAACCAGCAGCAGCAGAAACAGGAGCAGAGGCAGGAGCAGGAAAGAUCGGAGCAGGAAAGGCAAAAGGAGGAAAGGAAGGAGGAGAAAAGGGAGGAGAAGAGAGGGCAGGAGCAGAGGCAGGAGGAGUCAAUCUAGUCAAGGGAGUCAGCAGUGAGCGCGUCCAGCUGGCGCGCCAGGUGGCAGCGCUACGGCGGCUGUUGCUGUGCGCUGAGGUGGCAGCUUUCAAGCUUUGUGACGGUGCUCUUGGGGAGGCGAGAGGUGCGGGAGGUGGGAAGGGGAAGGAGGAAGAAGGAAGUGAGGGAGAGGAGAGAGAGGAGGAAGAGGGAGGCUUGAAAGGAAAGAAGGACGCUGGGAAGGCAGGGAAAGGUGGUGGUGGUGAGGGAGGGUUGGGAGCAGACAGGGAGGGGGGAGCGAGGCAAGAGGGGGAAGAAGGGGAGGAGGAGGAGGAGGAGGAGGAGGAGGAGGAGGAGGAGGAGGAGGAGGAGGGAGGAGAGGAGGGGGAGGAGGAUGAUGCAGCGACAGUGAGUGAAGCGGAGGAGCACGAGGAGGAGGAGGGGCUGAAGGGCCCGUCUGCUUCGCGCUGCUUGUGGCGGUCGAGGCGAGUGCGGCGCGUGUGGCGGAGGGAGGUGAUGGGUGCUCGCACGCUCGCCACCCUCACCUAUCUCGCUGCCUCCCUCAGGUGUGUUUCCCCGUCGGACCACCUGCCUCUCUCAGGAGGAGGUGGGGCUGAAGGGCCCGUCUGCAUCGCGGUGCUUGUGGCGGUCGAGGCGAGUGCGGCGCGUGUGGAGGAGGGAGAUGAGGAGGAGGAGGAGGAGGAGGAGGAGGAGGAUAUGGAAGGGGAGGAGGAGGAGAAGGAGGAGGAGGAAGAGGAGGACUCAGGAAAUUUGGGGGAGCAAGGAAAAGAAGAGAAGGAAGACCAGGGUCUUACAACGGUUGGGGGCAGAAAGCUGCGGGCGAGAGGCAGUGGUGGUGAGGCGAAGGAAAAAGGGAAGGGGAAGGAACCAGGCCGCCAGGCUGCUUCUAACGGGAAAAAGGGGAAUCUGUCUGGCAACCCUGCUGCUACUGCCGCCGCCGUUGCUGCUGCUUUGCGAGCUGCUUCCCCUAAGCUGCUGCCUCCUUCCCUCUGUGCUUCAUGUGGAGAGGCAGUGGGGCCAGGAGGGGAGGGUGGAGCAGGGGAGGUGGUGCGGUGUGCGUCGGUGCAGUGCGGUAAGGCGUUUCACCCUGUGUGUGCGGGGCUGAGGCGCAAGGCUGCCAAGGCUGCUUGGUUCUGCACGGAUUGCCGCCAGGGUUGGCGGCGGAAGGGGGGGAAUGAGAUGGGGGGAAAGGGUGGGGGGGCUGGGAAGGAUGCGAAGGGUGGGAAGGGUGGGAAGGGCGAAAGUGAUGGAGAGGGUUGGAGACAAAGGGGUAGGAAGCGAGGGAGAGGGGAGGAUGUGGAGGAGGAAGACGAGGAGGGAGAAGAAGGGGAGGAGGAUGAAGAGGAAGAUGAGGAAGACGAGGACAGUGAGGAGGAAAUGAAAGUGCGUGGAAGGAGCAGCAAAGGGAGGAUGUCUAGUAAAGGAAAAAGCAGAGGCAGGUCUGCGAUUGAAACCCUAACUGGAAAAUCACGGAAGAAAGGGGAGGUGAGUGAGGAGGAAGAGGAGGAAGAGAAGGAAGAGGAGGAAGAGGAGGAGGAAGGUGAGGAGGAGGGAGGGGAUGAGGACGAAGAAGAGGAGAGUGGAGAGGAUAGUGAGGAGGAAAGAAAAGUGCGAGGGAGGAGCAGUAACAAAAGGAUGGAUUCUAAAGUGAAAGGAGGAGUUGGUGGUGCUGCGAGUAAUGCCCGUGCUAAGAAACCUCGCAGGGAAAAAGAGGAGGACGAGGAGGAAGAGGAUGAGGAGGAAGAAGAAAGGGAGGAAGAAGAGGAAGAGUUGAGCGAGGGGGAAGAGGAAGAGAGCGAGGACGAGAGUGAGGAGAGUGAGGAAGAUCAUGGAGAGUGGAGAGGAAGUGGUGGGAAGAAAAGCAAGGGGAAACUGCUCUCUAAAGGGAAGGGCCGGAGUGGUGGUGCUGUUGAUGCAACGAGGACUGGGCAAACGCGGAAGAGAAAAGGUGCAGAGGUGGAAGAGGAAGAAGAGGAGGAGGAGGAGGAGGAGGAGGAGGAGGGGGAGGAUGAGAGUGAUAGGGAUAGUGAGAACGAAUGGAAGGUGGAAGGAUGGGUUAACAAUGGAAAGAUAGAGUUUCGUAUCGGGAGGAGCAGCAAGGGAAGGAAGAAAGCGCAGAUGAAGAGGAGGAAGAAGGAUUGUGAGGAGGAGGAGGAGGAGGAGGAGGAGGAGGAUGAGGAUGAGGAAGAGGAGGAGGAAGAGGAGGAAGAGACUGAGGAGGAAGAGAGUUCAGAAGGUGUUGGUACCGUUUCGUUGAGAGGGAAGAGGAUGGAGGGUCGGGAAGGGAAAAGCGUUGGGGGGGAGGGAGGGGGGAAGGAGCAAGAGCGGAAGUUGGUGGGACGAGAGGCAGGGAAAGGCGUGAAGAAGGGAAAAGGAAAUGGGAAUGUCAAAGGGAAAGGGAAAGGGAGUGUGAGUGAGAAGGGGAGACGGCGAGGGGAAGCCGUUAGACUUGAUGACAGCGAGGAGAGUCGUGGCAGUGAGAGUGAGAGGGAGAGUGAGAGUGAGAGCGAGAGUGAGAGGGACAGUGAGAUUGAUAGGGGUGGAAAUGGGCGUGUUGAGAGGAAGAAGGUUACUCGUGGGUCGGUGUCAAGCCAGGAAAGGCCGACCGAUGGGAAGGUGAGCCGAAAAAAGCCGACCCAGGAGAAGCGAGCCCAAGAGUCAAAAACUCCAGAAAAACCGGCCCUUGUGGUACUAGGAGCGAGAGGAGUGACUCUUGAGUCGACUCAAAAGUCAUCCCAAGUGAAGCAGCCCCAAAAGAUGAAGAAAACUCCAGAACAAGAAGAGUCAAAGACUCCAGAACGACCAGCCCUUGUGGUGCUAGGAGCGAGAAGGAUGACUCGUGGCAUGCUUGAAAACAGCUGGGAGGGGAGGAGAGAGGACGAGGAGAAGGAGGAGGAGGAAGAAGAGGAAGAAGAAGAGGAAGAAGAGGAAGAAGAGGAAGAAGAGGAAGAGGAGGAAGAGGAGGGAGAGGAAGGGAGUGAGGGGGAGGAGAGCAGUGGGGAGGAGGAAGAUGCAGGCAGCGUUGGUGGGAAGAAGGUGGGUGAUGUGAAGAAGCUGGGUGAUGGGCGUGGGACUGGGAAGGUGAAAGCGGUUGGAGGGAGACACAAAGAGACACUCCAGUCGCGUCGGGGAAAGCAGCAGCAGCCAAGAAAGAAGGAGAAAGAGGGAAGAGGAGGAGUAGAAGAGGGGCAGGAGAAGGCAGGAGGGAAAAAGGAGGAGAAGGCAGGAGGGAAAGAGAAGGAGAAGGCAGGAGGGAAAGAGAAGGAGAAGGCAGGAGGGAAAAAGAAGGAGAAGGCAGGAGGGAAAGAGGAGGAGGAGGCAGGGAGGUAUGGGAAGGCCUAUUCCCGAACGAGAAGGAGAGACACCGUUUAA